AUGGCGGAACCUCGCGCCCGCCCGCGCAACAACAAGGCCGUCUUCACACCCUCCGAAGUCGCAGACCUCCUCUACGCCUUCGGCGACACCCACCGCACUCAGACAACACCCCAACCCCUCACAACCACCGUCAACGUCCUCGACGAGAUCCUCACCGACUUCAUCAUCGAAACAUGCCACUACGCAGCCCUCUCGGCCUCCUACUCGCGACGCCAAAAGAUCAAGGUCGACGACUUCAAGUUCGUGCUGAGGCGCGACGAGCGGUUGUUGGGUAGGGUGUUGGAGCAGCUGUGGAGGGAGAAGAAGAUGAAGGAGGACAGGAAAGUGUUGGACUUUGAGGGCGCAGAGCAGGGAGCAGGCGGGCUUGGGAUGCUUGAGGGAAUGGCGACGCAAGGUGGGGUUGAGGAGGGUGAGAUGAGGGAGCGGAAGGGGAGGGGCAAGGAUGCGACAUUGUCGGAUAAUCAUGUCUUUCCGCUGCUCCUCGUCUGCAAGUUGGCUUAA